AUGGCCGAAGUACAGAAGACGACCGUCGAGGUCCCCGAGGUGGCCGUCGACGCCGCCGCUCCCGCCGCCGCCGUCGAGGAGGCUGUCGCCCCCGAGACGACCCCCGCCGCCGACGACAAGUCCGCCGACGAGCCUGUCGCCGUUGCCGACGAUGCCAAGUCCGCCGAGAACAAGGACGAGACGACGCCCGUCGAGGAGGGCCACCUGGCUCACAAGGCCCAAGGCGCCAGCUUCCCCAAGAACCUGAUCCCCAGCAAGCAAUUCUUCUUCUUCGGCUCCGACGCCGUCGACGCCAAGUCCCUGGCUCACUACCUGAAGGCGGAGAAAUCCCUCGAGGCGGCCCACAGCAACAUCGCUUGGGCUGCGCACACCGGCAAGGGUCUCCUCUUCAUCGGCGACAAGAAGGCCCCCACCGGCCUCAUCAACCUGGCCGAUGCCACCGAGCCCGAGGUGGACGGUUCCAACAAGUUCCACUUCACCUCCAAGGGUAGCAAGCACAGCUUCAAGGCUGCCUCUGCCGCCGAGCGUGACGGCUGGGUUGCUCAGCUGAAGCUGAAGAUCGCCGAGGCCAAGGAGCUUGCCGUCGCCGUCAGCGAAUCGGACAUGUACAAGAACACCAUCGAGAGCUUCAAGCCCGCCAUCGCCGUCGCCAAGGAGGAGAAGCCCGCCGAGGAGGCGCCCAAACCCGAGGAGCCUGCCGCGACGGAGGCCACGACGGGCGAAGCCGAAGCGGCAAAGGAGGAGCUCAAGGCCGAGGAGCCGCCCAAGCGCCGCUCUGCUAGCCGCAAGCGCGCUUCCUUUUUCGGUUUUGGCAAGAAGGAGGAGAAGAAGGAGGACGCCAAGGCCGAGGAUGUGGCCACCCCUGAGCCUUCCGAGCCUGCGGCCGAGGCCGAGGCCGCCAAGCCCGAGGAGACUUCCGUCGCCGCCGAGGCCCCUGCUGCCGCUGCGGAGAACAAGCCCGCUGAGGAAAGGGCCGCCGAGGACAAGCCCGUCGAGGAGGCCGCCGCGGCCGAGAGCCCCAAGGAGAAGCCCAUGGUCAGCAAGCGCAACAGCUUCUUCGGUACCGUCUUCUCCAAGAAGGAGAAGAAGGCCAUUGACGCCACCCAGACUGCCGAGGAGACCCGCGAGUCUGCUACCGAGGGUGACAAUGUCAUCGUCGAUGCCACGGCUCCCGUGAUCCCUCCCGUCGAGUCGACGGCUCCCCUGGCCGUGGACGUGGCCUCCCCAAGCGCCGCUCCUGCCGAGACGGUCGAAAGCUCUGCCCCCAACAGCGAGUCCAAGAAGGACGUCAAGGAGAAGCGCAAGUCGUCGCUUGCUUUCGCCUUUGGCAAGCGCGACAAGUCGCCCGCGCCCGUCGACGGCGAGGAGAAGCCCGCGAAGAGCGCCUUUUCCAAGCUCCGUGCUACCAUCAAGGGCAAGUCCGCGGCCAAGGCCGAGGACAAGGCUGCCGAUGACUCCGUGACGGAGGCCGCCGAAGAGGCGCCUGCCAGCGAGACGGCGGCCGCCACGGAGGCAGCUGCCGAGGAGACCUCCAAGGCCGCCGAGCCCGAGGUUGAGAACAAGACCGAGAAUGUCGCCGCCGCCGCACCCGUCGUCACCGCUGCUGCUUAA